AUGCAAUCAACUUUGCCCGUUAUAGAUCAACACGGGAAAAGGGCUCAGUCUCGAAAGUAUCUCGAUAGCCUCGAAAUCGUAGUCAUCGUGAACGACGAGCUCGACAUCAUCUCCCACUCCCCCAACCCCACGGUCGAAACCACGGGCUCGUUUAUGGGCAUCCCAUUAACCUCGUUGCAAAAUCCGAAGGUCCAUGGUGGUGCUACAAAGCAAAUGCGAAUGGACAGCAUCUGCUGCGGUGCACAUGGAUUAUUCCUCAUGAUCACCGUACCGAGUGGUGAUGCAAAAAACGUUUUACUAUUCGACGCAAGGAUAGAAGCGGGAGUGUUCGAGAAGAAUGUGAAACGACUACUCACUGAUCUUGGGGCCGUCGAGCACAUUCACCUCUCACACUAUCAUCGUGAUCAUUCGGGAGGCCUCUUCAAAGCAAUCCGUAUGAUCAACAACGCCAAUCCAUCGCGUGAGAAAGCCAUUAUUGAUGUUCAUCCCAACCGACCCGAUUUCCGCGGAAAUGAUGCAGGGUUCCCGAUAAUUUUAGAACCUGAUCCUUCUUCCGACGAGAUCGAGCUCGCGGGUGGAAUUCUCAAUAAAAGCUGCGACGCACACAUGGUUAUGAACAAUACGCUCUUCAUUUCAGGGGAAAUCCCACGUGUCACACAUUACGAAAAUGGUAUUCCCGGGGGCAUUCGGCUCGACCCUAUUAUCGGCAAGUGGCUCAAAGAUGAAGAUAUCAUGGAGGAGCGAUUCGUGAUGCUCGUCCUGGGGGUUCCGCUGUACGCAGUUAUUGGUGGGUAUCAACUUGCUGAUGCUGAUUCUGAGAAGAUUGAGAAAACUGUUCGUAAUUUUUGA